GAGCACCAGAUCUAAACAAACAGUCUCUCUUUCCUCGGUCUUUGCGUUGCUCGUACUGCCUCUCUCCUCAAUUUCUCUAUAAUGGCAAUAUCAACUGCUCCACCGCCUACAAGAGCAGCAACGUCUGGGGGAUGGGUGAGCAAGCUACCUUCGAUUGCAUCUCGAAUCUAUUUCUUUUUAAUCAUUUUCCAGGUCCCUCUUUUCAGGGUUCCAUGUAGAUCUGGCAUGUGUUCAACACCAAUUCAUGUCACGUCUUCCCAGUUGGUUGCAAGUGACAUUUUUCCUGUUCCUGUAGUGAAAGCUCUUCUCUACCCUGGAGCUAUUGUGAAUGGUCUUAUCAAGAACACGACUGUUCCAAGGUGGGACAAUGUGUUAGAUAUCUAUAACUUGACCAGUGUGAAAGAAGCACCUGCAGUUGUUGAUCUUCAGCGUUUAGAGGUUCUUGCAGGAAGCUAUUUUUCUGUAGCAGGAGCAUUCGUGGGCAUAAUAAAACCUGGAAGGAUGAGCAUGUUCGGGACACUUUUGGUAAUUUGGGGACUUGUCAAGGAAGGGAUCCUAGGAAAGCCAACAAAUACAGAUCCUGCCAAAGCUAUCUAUGUCUGCCCAACAAUGUUCCUUGCCUUGCUCUGUGCCUUCUCAUCUGUAAAGUAUGAUGUGAAGAAGGUUGUAAGAAGCGCUCCUGCGCGGCCCGUUGCCAAGCCUCUAAAGAGCUCUUCCAAAUCUAAGCUGAAAUGAGUUGGAUGCGUUGGUUCAAAGCGAAUUUUUUUUUUCGUAAUCCCAUGAGCUGGACAUUGUUGAUGAGUUGAAACUGCCAAAACAAUUUUGAACUCAAUAUUAGAAGUUCACAAAUACCUUUGAUUAGGGAAA